AUGAGGGUCAGCCUGGCCGCCCUGGCCUUCCUCCUUACUCUUGCCAUCCUGCACUCGGAGGCCAAUGAAGAACCAGCUGAUGACCUGCAUGCCUGCUGUUUCGCCUCGGUAACAAGGGCAAUCCCACUCUCUUUCGUGAAAAAUUAUUAAAGGACCAGUGACCAGUGCACCCAGCCAGGGGUCAUCUUCCAGACCAGAAAGGGGCAAUUGAUCUGUGCCGACCCUGGCCAGGCCUGGGUGCAGAAGUACAUGAAAUACCUGGACCAAAAGUCCAAGGGAUCUGGGAACAGUGGGACCUUCACAGUCGAGGGAACAUGA